AUGAAUAACAGGUACAAGGAAGACAGCAAUUGCAGCGGCGACUUCUGCUACUUCCAUCCAAAGGAAGCGGUGGUCGGAGUCUGCCCGCUCUGCCUACACGACCGCCUUUUAGUCCUCGCCGCCGCCACCAAGCACCGCCACCUUUCCCCUUCUCCGACAUCUACUUCUAGUUCUUCCACGGCGGCGGGACGCCACAAGAAGAAGCCAUCGAUUCUGUUUGCACUCGGCUCCCUGCUCAUCAACAGGCUCGAAUUCCGACAACCCAAAUCCGAUCUUCACGAUGACGACGACCAUUUCCCUGAUUAUGGUGAUGAUGCAGAUGAUGAUGAUGAUGAUGCAUCCACCGGCACUCUAGAAGAUUCUUUCAUUUCAAUCCAGUUCCAAGACAAUGGGGUGGCCUCAUGGGAAAAAGGUGUGGAUUUGGUCUCUCAAUCCAAAAAACAUGACAAGAAGAACAGCAAGAAGAAGAAGAAGAAGAAGAAGAACAGCCAAAGCCAGAGAAGGGAUCAGAACAAGGACACCACCACCACGAUCAUGCCAUUUUCUUCUUCUUGUUCUUCUUCUUCGACCAGCUACAAGGUGAAGGAAGAGGAGAUGAUGAUGAGUGUGGUUGAGCACGGGAAGCCACGAGCCGGGUCGAUGAGGUGGCGGAAGCGGAUUGGGCACAUGUUCCACCUCAUCAGAUGGAAGAGGUCAAAUGUGUGCCACGUGGGAUCCAAGGUGGAAGGGGUCAAGGUGGUCGGUAGCAGCAGCAGCAGCAGGAAUAAUAACAGCAAAGGCUGGAUAAGGACUCUGACAAAGAGGAGGGCCAGAGGAGGCAGAGAAUAG